CGCACCUCGAAAUGCGACUGGUUUCCCUCAGAUUAGAAGCGCAUGAAAAGUUCAAAGUCUGAAAGUCAUCGGAGGGCAGUUUUCUCUGAAGGAAUUACAGGAGCCCAGUUGAAGCUGUCGGAGGAAAACUUUUGGUAAGUCAGUUAUGCUUGGUUUUCUCUGUUCAAGACAGCUACUACCACUCAAACACCGGAGGACCCAUUUGGGAUUUCUUCAGCAAAAUGGUUUCUUUAUUGUCAAAUCGUUUACAUCCGUAGGCAGUUUACCUGAAUCUAAUCAAAAACCAGAAGAGGAGGAAAAACAUUCUUUUGCAGUGUCUUAUCUCAUAAACUCUUGUGGGUUGUCCACAAAAUCUGCUAUUUUAAAAUCCCGGAGGCUACUAUUCCAGAGCCCAGAGAGACCAGACUCGGUGCUGAAUCUUUUCAAAGAGAAUGGAUUCAACAAUGCCCAGAUCUCCAAAAUCGUUAGGAAGCAUCCCCAAAUUCUUUUAUCUGAUCCUGAGAAGACCCUUUUGCCCAAGAUUGAGUUUUUGCGUUCCAUAGGGGUUUCGAGCUCUGACCUCAUUACCAUUAUCUCUUUAUACCCAUUUCUGUUCAGAUGCAACUUAAGGAAACGUGUUAUCCCCUGCUAUGAUUUCCUCAAGAGUGUACUUCUUGUUGACGAGAAAGUCCUGACAACUUUCAAGCGCUCACCACGAGCUUUUCUAAGUAAUGUAACGAAAACUAUGGCUCCUAACAUUGCACUUUUAAGACAACUUGGAGCGCCUCCAUCUACAAUCUCUUUCCUGGUAACUAAUUAUCCCUCUUCAGCGUUUACAAAGCAUGCUAAGUUUGCUGAGGUUGUUCACCAGGUUAUGGAAAUGGGAUUCGAUCCCACGAAAACGGUGUUUGUCGAGGCAAUCCAGGUGUUACUGAAGAUGAGUAAACCAAAGCUGGAAUCAAAAUUGGAGCUUUAUAGGAGGUGGGGUUGGUCAAAGGACAUGGCCCUCGCAGCAUUUAAAAGGUUUCCAAGUUGUAUGCAAUCUUCAGAAGAGAAGAUGACGAAAACAAUGGAUUUCCUUGUGAACAAAGUUGGUUGGCCACCACAACAUAUUGCUACAAAUCCUGUAGUUAUAAAAUUAAGCUUGGAAAAGAGAACUAUACCUCGGUGUUCUGUUGUUCAAAUUUUGCUAGCCAAGGGUUUGGUCAAGAAUAACUUGGCCUUGGGGACUUUCUUGAAACCGACUGAGAGGAAGUUUUUGGAGCUGUUUGUGAUCAGAUUUCAGGACGAUGUUCCUGAAUUAUUGAAUGUAUAUCAGGGUAAGAUGUCUUCUGGAUGUAGGAUUUCAGUCUGAGAACUGAGAAGCUGAUCCACCAUUCUCUUGAAUCUAAAGCCAUGACCAACUUCAGCUGCUGAGGGAGAAGGAAAUGUCCCUUGUGAAAAUUUGCAGGGGCAAGGAUCUUUGUUAGAAAACUGUUGAUGAAGUUUGGAGAAACUUGUGCUCAUGGUUUCAUAUUUUCCAACAACAGGGGGUGAAACCGUGUGCUUUUUACUUACAAAAUGGGCAUUGCAAAUUUGGGUCAACUUGUAAAUUUGAUCACCAGAUGGGGACGAUGAGAUGGGAUUUGCUAGGGGUGUCAAAAAAAUACUUGGAAACCGGAAUUGGGAAAUCGGGGAACCAGUUUUGAAAUCGGUUGGAAAAAACCGGUAACUGAGUACCCCAUUUCGGUUUCGAUUUUUGGCACCCGGUUAU